UUGGGGUUUCCCAUGGAGGAGACGGAGAACGGACCGCGCCAUGGCUGCCCAGGUCCAGCCGACCUCAUCAGCGCCCUCCCAGACGAUCUGCUCCUCCAGGUCCUGGAGCGCCUCGGCGCCGCCGCGCGCACCAGCGUCCUCUCCCGCCGGUGGCGCGGCCUCUGGACCCGCCUGCCCCACGUCACCAUCGCCCUCCACGACGUCCCGUUCCGCUCGAUCCAGGCGGCGCUCGCCCGCGCCGUCCGUCCCGGGGUGUGCCACUACCGCCUCGACAUCCGCGUCCGCUGGCAAGCCACCCCGCUCCGCACCGCCAGCGUCUCCUCGCUGCUCCUCGCCGCGGCGGCGCUCUCGCCCGUGGAGGUGCUCUUCGUCCUCUCGCCGGACGUCCUGCUCCCACGCCUGGACCGGCUCCCCGUGGAGCAGUUCUACGCUCUUCUCCCGUGGAGCGCGCGGAGCCCCCUUGUGGGGGUGGACCUGCCCCGCUUCCGCCGCGCCACCUCCAUCGACCUGCGCGCGCGCCACCUCCGCCUCUUCGCGCCGCCCUCCGGGUUCCCCUCGCUGGAGAGGCUCGCCCUCACCGGCUGCGACGUCGACCUCGCCGCCUUGAUCCCUCGCUGCCCGCGCAUCCGCGCACUCAGGGUGAACAACAAUGGCGUGUUGCCCAUGGACAGCAUCACCGUCCACUCGCCGUGCUGCGGGAGCUCUCUGUGGAGAGCAGCAACACAUGGACAAGCUGUGUCGAUGUCGAGGCGCCCGUGCUCAAGCAACUGAACCUGUCUUUCCAUGCAUCACAGAGACAACUGAGUAUGUUACUGUAAUUCACAUUUGUUUUAGGUGAAAGAAGCAUGCCAGUAAAUUGUCUCUGUGAUGAGCCCAAAGACUGGAGGACACAAACUAUCUCCAUGGCUGAUCUUGAAACCGUGGAAAUUGAAGGUGUCAACGGGGAGGAUCAUGAGUCUGAUUUUCUGAAAAUGAUCUUUACAUGUGCUCCAAUGCUUAAAAGAGUGACUCUGAGGUUGGCAGAUGGUAUCACCCCAUGUGUCGAUUGGUGCACAAAAGUAGACAACAUCUUCAAGGCGUAUCCUUCUGUGAAGUGCAAAGUUGAUCUGGGUCAACAUGUCGCAGCCAAAGUUUUGCAUUGACAUGAUUCAUUGUGCUUACAUUUGUGGAUCCAGUGUGGUCAGCAA